AUGCAAGCUACAAGAAAUUUAUUCAAAGCGGCACAAAAGACAACAACAGGAAUAUUUGGGAUAGAAGUACAUCCAAAUCCAAGACCACACUUAAUAAAAAUCUAUGAUAAAACAUUGAGAGCGCUCACAAAACUGCCUUCAACCUCAGUUUAUCGUCAAGCCACUGAAUCAUUCACUAAACAAAGAUUAAAAAUUGUGGAAGGUACAAAAGAAAUUGUGGAAAUUGAGAAUAAGAUAAAUUGUGGACAAAUUGAAGAGUUGAUUGUACAAGCAGAAGAUGAAUUGAAAUUGGUCGGUAAAAUGGAAGAAUGGAAACCAUGGGAACCUCUUGAAGUUCAACCACCAAAAGAUCAAUGGAUUUAUGAAACUAAUGAAAAAUAA